CCGUAGUUUGCGGCAGGUGCGACGCCUGGAGAGGAGAUUUUCACCGUGACGUUUGUUAUUACUAAAGAUCAAUAAAUGCUGAUUAAUCAGCUGAUGUUGAGGGCAGCAGCUCACUGCGGGAGAUGGACAGCUGUCAAUCAAAUCAUCCGGAAGAACUCAGAUAUGGCUGAGUUUCGUGAGAUCUUCUCACAGGCCAGACACAUUGCUGUAAUCACAGGAGCAGGAGUCAGUGCAGAGAGCGGAGUACCCACCAUCAGAGGAGCUGAGGGACGCUGGAGGAGCUGGAAAACACAGGAUCUGGCCACGCCGGAGUGUUUCUCUCGUCACCCCAGCCGUGUGUGGGAGUUCUACCAGUACCGGCGAGAGCUGACCCUGAACGCCCCGCCGAGCGCCGCUCACAGAGCCAUCGCCGAGUGUGAGGCGCGUCUCAGCAGACAGGGACGCUCGCUGGUGGUGAUCACGCAGAACAUCGACGAGCUGCACCAGCGCGCCGGAUCCAGACACGUGCUGGAGGUCCACGGAAAUCUGUUUCAGACCAGAUGUUUGAGCUGUGGAGAUGUGGAGAUCAAUCACAAAAGCCCCAUCUGUCCGUCGCUGGAGGGAAAAGGAUCACCUGAUCCUCACGCCCCUGACGCGCUCAUACCUGUCAAAGACCUGCCCAGGUGUGAUGAGAAGGGCUGUGAUGGACUGCUGCGGCCGCAUGUCAUCUGGUUUGGGGAGACUCUGGACUCUCAGGUCCUCACUAAAGUAGAGAAGGAGCUGGAGACGUGUGACCUCUGUCUGGUGGUCGGCACGUCCUCCGUGGUUUACCCAGCAGCCAUGUUUGGUCCUCAGGUGGCGGCCCGCGGCGUUCCAGUGGCCGAGUUCAACACUAAAACCACAGCAAACACACCACGCUUCAAGUUUCAUUUCCCCGGCCGCUGUGCAGAGACUCUUCCUGUGGCUCUGGCCCGACACCAGUCUGAAGUCAUCUGACGCGCACAGCCCUGGAUCAGCUGGAGCUGUACCUGAAUGAAAACGGUGCAUACAAGAGUAAAACAGAUUCAUUCCUCUGCUUUCGAAAUAUGAACUGCUGUAUAUAAACUGGAAAUUGACCAAAGUAUAAUCACACAGACGCUGAACUUUCUGGAGUAUGUAUUUGUGCUGUUGACAGUUUUCCAUGUGCCUUAACUUUCUCAUAGAGGUCCAUACAUAAAUCACUGAACGUUUCUUCAGUUCAUCUGCUUGAUUACUGUGGGAUAAAGCAACAUAAUAUUCCAGUUUACAAAGAGAAGUGCCUACUGUGUGUAUCCUGCAUGUAUUGUGUGUAAUGGUGUGUGUGUGUAGUGCUUUACUCUGACACACCACUAGAGGGACAUCAGUUUCAGCAUUAAAUACUAAUGAAUAAAAGUGUUUUCACGGA